AUCCAUUCAAGCCAACAAGUUUGGAGAGAAUGUUGAGUUUAAUCAAUGCAGAACGUCGUGAUGGAGCCCAACUCAUUGAAGUGGGUCGGCUCACCCUGUGCUUUGCAAGGACCUCGCAUUUUCUACAAAGCCUUUAAAUUUCACAUUCACGGCAAACCGAGAAUUCUGUCGCUCGGUGACUUUUUCUUUGUAAGAUGUGAACCAGAGGAACCCAUUUGCAUAGCGGAACUCCAGCUGUUGUGGGAAGAAAAAACAUCCAAGCAACUUUUAUCGAGCUCUAAACUUUACUUUCUUCCAGAAGAUACUCCCCGGGGAAGAGCUGUCAGUCAUGGAGAGGAUGAGAUUAUCGCUGCUUCUGAGAAAGUAGUCGUGAAGUUGGAAAACUUGGCAAAAUGGACCAUGUCAGAUUUCUCAGAGUGGAAAUAUGGACUGGAAGCAAUGGUCCUGAAGCCUUCCAUAGUCAAGGAACUCUGCCAAAAUGGACAGAAGCAGGUUCUGCACAAGUACAGGGAAUCAACUCUCAACAGUGGCCUCAACUUCAAGGAUGUCUUAAACGAAAAGGCGGAAUUGGGUGAAGAUGAGGAGAGAGUUCUGGUUCUGAGCUACCCACAGUACUGUCGGUAUCGGUCCGUUAUCGCCCGCCUGAGAGAGUGGCCCUCGUCCUUGGUGAUAGAGCAUGUUGUGCUGGCCUUGGGUGGCAUCGUCUCUCUGGGCAGCAGCACCCAUAUAUUCUACUGCCGCGAAACCUUCAACCACCCCGCACUCCCCGAAAAUGGAAACAUCUCCGACAAAUUUGGCCCUACUUUGAAAGGCCGGCUCCGAAGGAACAAGCUACCGCUCUCCCAGCAGCACAAAGCCCAGGGUCUGUGCAAUGCCAAGGAAGCCGGCAACACUGAGGACAAGACCACGGUUAAGGCAAAAACAGAGAGUAAGGCAUUUGUUACCAAGCCCAAAAGCAGCAGUGCCUGUAAGAAGGUAUUUGCUGUCAAGAAGUCCAAGCUGGCUGCAAUUGAAGGAUCCCGUGUUGAUGAGCAGGCAUUUCUAGUAGCUCUCUACAAAUUCAUGAAAGAGAGGAAAACACCCAUUGAAAGGAUACCCUACCUGGGAUUCAAGCAAAUAAACCUUUGGACUAUGUUUCAAGCUGCUCAGAAAUUGGGAGGAUAUGAACUGAUUACAGCUCGCCGCCAGUGGAAAAACGUAUAUAAUGAGCUUGGGGGCAACCCUGGAAGCACAAGUGCUGCAACCUGCACACGCAGACACUAUGAGAGGCUGAUCCUCCCGUAUGAGAAGUACAUGAAAGGGGAAGAAGACAAGCUCAUUCCUCAGGUCAAGCCACGAAAACAGGAGUGUGGCAUCCUAGACAGUGGCAGCAAGGCACAGGCUAUUGUAACAAACCACACCAAAGACGAGCAUCAACCGGAACCCAAGACUGACAACUUUAAUUCAGAAAAAGGACUUUCCUCUUCACAGGUACCUGACAAUACCGAGGAGAGUCCAGAGUUUUGGCAGCCCCCGCAAAUGGGAAAUGAGAAGGAAGAGGAAUUACACCUCUCCGACAAAAAUGAGACUCAGGACAUCUAUGUACAAGCGAUGACACCACCGUCCCCUGCCUUUUCUGUAAAAAAUGGUCCAUCUGAGCACCUUUCCAAGGACAACUCAUUUCAGUAUUCACAGGAGCAUCACGACGAGUGUGAAUUCCUAGAAAAGCAUGGCUCCAAGGUGCUGGAGAACUCCAAUGGGCUUUGCCAGGGUACUAAUCUGUUAUUGUAUCAAGGGAAGGAACAAUGGCAGUGCAGCCACCCUGAAUAUAAUGUACCUAAGAAGCAGGACCUUUCAGUAAAGACUCCAAGUCAUGUGGGCAUGGUACUGCCCAAUUUAAAAUCAAAGCCAUUGCCCAAUUUAAAAUCAAAGCCAUUGCCCACUUUAAAAUCAAAGCCAUUGCCCACUUUAAAAUCAAAGCCAUUGCCCACUUUAACAUCCAAGCCAUUGCCCACUUUAAAAUCCAAGCCGUUGCACUCUCCUACAGCCUGUAACACAUUAGCUAAUGAGAUAGAUCUUCCCAGCAAGGAAGAGUCAUGUUUCAGUCAUUUACCAAUGUUAUACCCAAAGGGACACCUGGGUAUUAUGUCUCCCUUGGCUAAGAAGAAGCUUCUGUCUCAGGUCAGUGGUACUUCAUUUGCUAGUAAUUAUUCCUUAGGUUCUGCUCUUCUAAUGGUCAAGAAUAAAUGUUUAACUAAAAGUCCUGUGGAACUGCUUCCAGUGGAGGAUUCACGCGUGUCCAGUGCGGAGACCGUGGUAAUUAAGAGACCAUCUGUAAUACAACAUGCUCACAGUUUUAAACCCCCAGGUGUGGAAGAGAGAAGGCUCAAACAUGAAGAUUUGAAGACAGAUUUUUGCAGGACAUGCAAACCUUCUCAGUUUCACCUACAGGAAAAGCAUAUCAUUGACUCAUACCCACUCAGUACUAAUGCUCUCAAGAACAUGGAGAAAACAGGAGAUGAUCAAAAAUUGUAUGAUUCCCAGGCACCAAACGUCUUUGGUAACUUUCAUUCCUGUCCACAUCUGCAUAGCAUUUACCAGCAAACAGAAUAUCAUAUGUUUAAGGAGCCCCUGACAGAAUACUGGAAAAGAAAAUUGUUUUCAGGAGACUGUAACAAUACUCAGAUGUCAUAUCCAAGCAGUCAACAUGAUAGUAUCAGCUUAGAUUAUGAUAGACUUCUAAAUAAAAAUGAGAAAAUAGCACCGGAGGACCAAGCCAGAGAUUUGAGUCUUCCUAAGGAUUCUGUUCAUGAAUCAUCAUCCAUCAAAGCCCAUAGCAUCACACAUCCUGAUAUGAAGUAUCCCCCCCUUUCGUCCAAGAAUAGUCACCAGACCGUCAACCUGGACUAUCACCCCAAGGCUUGCCGUAUCUCCCCGAUCACAAUAUCUAGCCAGGAAACAGCUGUAGAAACUCUCCCAAAAUAUCCAGACAAAGAAGAUGACAUUGUUAAUCCAGAAAUGGAGGAGCUAGUACAGCCAAUUCUGAACACUAAGUAUAAUAUGCAGAAUAUUGCUGCUACCAGGCCCUUGAAAAGGUAUCAGCAAGAUUUAGAAAACGGGGUUCCUGAGAAGAAGAUCCAGGCCAUGACUCCUGUCCCCUCCACAGCAGGGACUGAAAAGACAGCCGACAGUGAAAGUGUAAGAUUAAAAUCAGUGGAUAUGUCUCAUGCCAUGCAUGCCUACAGCCAUGUUGAGAACCUUAUACUAUCCCCACAAUCCCUUAUCUUCCCCAAACUGUACCCUGGGACACCCUUUUCUCAGGUACAGAAUGUCUGUAACGGUUUGAACUCCCAAAUCCCAGAUGAUAUGUCCCACCCUUUCCAGUUCUUGAAGAACUCGGCCAUCAUCUCCCCACUCAGGCCUCGGUUUGAAUUCCACUCCACCACCGAUCUUCAAAACUUGGACAAGCACCGUGUUUGGGUUUCCUACGAUGAUUUUCUCUCCACCCUGAGUUCCCAGUCAUCCUUCAACCUCCCACAACUUUCCUCUGAGUUCCCCAGCCCCAAUAUGUCAUAGAUAGACUAGUUUGAUUUUUCACAUUGGCAAGGUGAUUUCCUGGUUCUGCUGGAUAUGGGGUAAGAUGUGGAGAUAUGGAGGUAAAGCUGUCAUCAGGAGGACACAUAAGUUUUGUGUUUAUUUGGCUAUGUUUCCAAAAUUUGACAGACUGGCCAAGAAUUGAAUGAUUCAAGGAUUUCUGUUGGUCACGUGCAAAGGCAUACAGUGAGACUAUAAACCUGCAGUGGAAUGAAAGGCCGUCAAUUCUGCCAUAAUGAAAAUAGCAAUAGUAAUAAAAUAAACAUUAAAAAAUUAUACACAAGUAAUAAAUAAGGAACAGAAAGUUAUAUUGAUGAAGAACGGGAAAAAACUGAGAAAAACGCUGUGCUGAAAUAAAGUGUGUGGUGCAUGUAUGAGGAACAAGUGUUAAACUAAACUCAAUAUUUAGUCAACACGAUGUAUAGAGAAAAUCUGAUAAAUUACUGGCUUCCUUUUUUGAAAGCACUGUAAGAAAUUAUAUGUUUACUAUCAGAAGAAUUCUUUAUUUGGGGAGCCUCUUUAAGUGCAAGCAAUUUGCAGUUUAGGAGCUUCUUCUGACAUCAGUGUGGAUUACGAAUGACUAUGCAUCUGGAACACUGUAGUAUUGUCACAUUCCAUAUACAUUUAUACACAACGGUGUAUCAGGGGAAAAAAUCCUCACUAUUUUAUUACAGUUCUGUAAAAAUGUUUUGCAGCUCUGACAAUGUCUUUAUAUCUGCCCAUGUCUAAAAUUGCUCAUUUUGUGUUUUAUUCACUAUCUACUAUUUGUAUACAGGAAUUGAAUAUAAGUUGUAUUACAUCUUUUGGUUAGGCAUGUAAGCAGUGGCUUUUGGGACUGUCCGUUAUGUAUACAAGUACUGCUGCAGAAGACCAAGAGCAUUUUUCUGCACCUGAGAUACAUGUAUCAUUUUGUUAGAAAGCUGAUUCGGUGCUUUAUACUUUGUAAGUCCAACCUUACUGAGUGACUCUGUGAAGGAAAGAAAAUGGCCCUUCUCAUUACAUUACACAUCAUGUGAUCAAUGUUACCCAGGCAAUUUCACAUGGACACGGUAUCAUUAUGUAAUAAAUGUUACUUAUUGACAAAAUGAUAUUCUGUUCAUUUCACAGAGUGAACGUAGAUUUGGGCUGAGUCAUAUUAAAACAAUUCCUACUACUCCAGGGUAGUUAAACUUUUCUGAUUCUGAUAGUAGUAUAUGCGUUUGUAGCCAUAACUUGGACCAUCAUGACACAGGUUAGUUUUACCUUGUUAAUAACAUGUUACUCCAAUAACUGUUACAAACCUGCUUAGUACUAGUGGAACUGCCGAUUCAGACAUUUGGUACAUGGCCUUUUAUUAGGUAGUAAAGUGAUUUGGUUAAUUCUGAUAAUGAACAGAAACGUGCACCAAACAUCGGAAGUGUGGUUCUUGCCAUACUGAAUAUGAUGACUGCUGCAACAACACAUGUAUGUAACUGAGCCUCAAAGUUCAUUCAAUUUACGUAUGAGCUUUGGAAGUUUGGCCAUUUUAUAUACGGGCAAUUACGAUGUUAUGAAGAGGUGAAAUAACUUUUAAUUUUGAACAAAAAAUGGGCUGUUUUCAUAUGGAUAUUUACUGCAGUUAUUCACUGUAAGAUUUGUAGUACUGGCACUAAUGGAAAGAUUUAGUGUGGUCACCAUACAGAAACCGCUAUGGGACAAUCUGGCUACAUUUCUAACUGGAGUUGUUGAGUUAAUCAUUUUAAGGAUCACUUAAAAACAUGUUCAGUAUUACAUUUUUGCAUCCAUCUGUAGGCUAUAACCUUUCUCCCAGAAAAACACAUUUGUCUGUAUAUAUAAUGUAUAAUAUCUUUUAAACAUUUGUUAGGAGUGUACUUUGUAUAUAAUGUAAAAGUUGUAAAACAAUACGCUUUGUUUUUUAAGGUUGCGGAAUGACCUUACAGAUUUUAAAAAAAGCAUUUAAGAAUAAUAAACUGAUUAUAGCACUUAUGUUUUUUUUUUCUUAAUUCAUUUUUGCAUUAUUGAAAUGCUUUUAACGCUGUGGGUCAUCAGGUUCCCAGUCAAAUGGGCAGCAUAAUAUUUUGCAUUUUAUGUUUCCCUGUAUAUUUAAUAAUAUUCCUUUUCCAGUGCAUGAAUCAAAUUAGAUUUCAGCUCCUUUGUACCUAAAGGCUUUUAUUUGCAGCAAUAAAGUAAACCAGAGAAAAGAAUUACCCAAAAGGGAGGACUGUGGGUUUAUACGUAGAGGUUCAUGGAUUUGAUUUGUGUUUCAAUAUGUUUGCUUGAUCUCCCAGUAAUGGGUGGAUGAGCAUCUCUAAAUUAUGAUGGAAUGUGAGUGUGUGAUGUGGUGAACUGCCAUCCAAUCUAUAGUAUCUCCUUUGUUUAUUUGAUAGGCAACAGGCUCAUCAAGACAGAGUACUGGAUAAGCAUUUAUGAGAAAUGAAAUAUCAUCAGUUAGGAGUAAGGAUAGGAACUGGAUAUUGUGAUAUACAUAAUAUACAUGUUGAAUAUUGCUUAUGUAUUAAAAUAUGUUGAAGACAAUAGGCAGCAUAGAUGGGAUGGCCUAUUACACAUGCAGCUGACAUUACAUUAGAAUUACUUGUUUUACAUAUGGAAGGUCCUGUCAUAGAAAUGUAUAAUAAUACAGACUGAUGCUUUUGUA